GGAAAUGAGAGCCGCGAUGUUUUGAAAAUAAUAGUCCGUAUUUGUGGUUUGAAGUGUGUAGAGUUUCUUCGAGUAGAAAUACGUUAUAAAUGAAUACUGCGAGUCAUUUUUACGCAUCAAUGAUACGAUAACUAUAAAAUAGUUAAAAUAUCAGUUUUGGUAAAACACUUGUGUUUUUUUAGUUGGCAAUCGAGGAAAAAGGAGGAGCUAUCUACUGGUUGGCAAGAGCAGUGUCUGCCUAUUGAAUAUGCCGCGCGUCCAUGGCUCCGAUGAAACGUUAGCUAGGCGGCUUGAUCGGGAAUUGGAGGAUCUCGAGCAGCGGCCGGGAAACGGGUCAGAUAAGGCAGACGAUGCGAGUCGCGUUGCGGUGUCUGGUCCCCAGAGCCGCCUGAAGUCCCUCAGGAUCGCGGCGCUCAGGGGCCACAGCGGCACUGGGAGGCACUGGCCGGCCAGGAUACUGUCAAUCCUCUGUUCCAUUCUCUUAUUCUUUGUCAUCGCCUUUUUCUUGUCAUUGUUCUACGUUAUUUUAAAAGAUUUGCGUACUGAGAAAGUGACAACUGAGGAUGGUUCGGAAAUCAAACUUUUAGGGUUCUGGAGCUUGCUGGUCCUGUCCACCAUCGCCGGCGUCUCCUGCUGCAGCUUCUCCUGGACCCUGACCUACUUUGACUCCUUUGAGCCCGGCAUGUUUCCCCCGACGCCGCUGUCCCCUGCCAGGCUCAGGAAGAUGACAGGACACUCCUUCCACAUGGGCUACAGCAUGGCCAUACUGAAUGGCAUCGCGGCCGCCCUUACUGUCUUCUGGUGCCUGGCGUGAGAGCGCCCCCUCACUGGCGGGGAAGGAACCACAAGCCUCCGGAAAUACGAGACACCAUUGGUGGUGGGCUACUCUGCAAUUCUGUCAAACAAUAAUUUAUAUAAUGAUUAUAACCUCUUAUGUAUGGUGUUUACUACAGGUAAAGGAUCUUCCUACAAACUCUAAGUAUUAAAAGGAAUCACUAGGAUGGUAUUUUUAUUGUCUUUUAUUUAUGUUUUUGGAUUUCACCUUUUAAAAUGGCUUGAACACUCGAAGUGAACGUGCCCUCAAACUGUUGAUUUUGCAGUAAAAUUGGGGAGGAUGUGUUUAGUAACGAUUGGCACUUCAGUUACUGGGCUUGUUUGUUUACAAAGUUUUUAAAGUGAUGGGUAAAUAUUAUUUUUGUAAUUUCAUAUAUUGGUUUAUGAAUGUGUAUUUCUUUAUACUGCUGAAACUUGUCCCACAGAUAAAUAUUUUGUCUGCUUGGUUCACGGGUCAGUCACUCGCAUCAGUCUCUGGUGCUUCUGAAGGGCACCGGUCAUAAAAAUGCUUAACUUUAUCUUUGGAAAAUUACGUCCUACAUUCUUUGUAUCUGUUUGAUACCUCUUAUGGCUUUGUUACUGUUCUGUAUUUUAUUAAAAUCACUACUGGUAUAUAUGGCAUACUAUAAGUCAAAAUACCCCUGUUAGAUUGCUGAGAUCUUUCUUUUUAAACCUUUUAACACUUUUCUGAUGUCCUUCCAUUGAAAGAAAUCACUGAAAUUGUUUGCUACAUAAUACAUGGCUGUGUAUUGUUUUUUGGUUUAUUUUUUAAACACUUUUAUAGCUGUAAUCCUGUUACAGUGCAGCUGACAGAUGUUUGCUUGUUAUCACUAAUGACUACUAAAAUCAUAUUGUACAAAUGAAUCACUUUCAUAAUUAGACGUAGUUGAGUAUAAAAGGUGUGUGAAUUUGUCAGUACACUGAUUUUUUCAUAACAAAUGUGUCAUUUCUGAAAACCUGUUUCUGGAAUCAUUUUAAAAACUUGUAUUUUUGUGUGUUUGUUAAGCACAAAUUAAACAAUUUGUUAACAAUCUGUCAUUUCUUGUCAGAACUGUAUACAAAGUAAAAUACUAUA